AUGUUGGCAUGUGCUUGUUUUUCUCCCCCUAGAGAAGUUCUCAUUGUCCUUUUUGCUGAGCCUGCUGCAGUGUUAACUUUUCUAGAGUCGAUGUUUGGUGUGAGCUCAGACGUCCCUUCAAAAAUGACAACUGGCACAGUGGCUUCCUCACAUCUUCGCUCUUGCCUGCCCGGCGACUGCGCUGCUCUAACUCCCGUUGAAACGCCUGAGAAUAGGCUUAAAGAGAAGAACUCAUGCAAACAAUUUGACCUAAAACACGCAACUUGUGAGUCAUUGCGUUGCCACUCAUGGGAUAAGCGGGCCUUACUAAAAGAAUUGCCGCAUCAAAGCAAAUAUCUCCGUACAGUAAAGCCCUCUUCCUACAGUUCCACUUACUCCUCCGACGCCCGACAUAGUGCGCCCUCGUUGCCCUUACCUCGUCGCCAAGAGACGGAGAGAAAAAAAGCCGCUUCGAAGCAAACGCUCCGCUUAGCCAUGCGGAAUGAACCACAAAGACAAACAGCUUUGAAGGAAAACAACGAUAAGCAGUCCAAGCAAGAAAAUUUCAGCACAUCAACGAUCGCUGCUGUUUGCCACCAAUAUAAGGACCAAGUACAAAUGCAGUUAGAGCAGCGGCAAACACCUUCUCAAAAGGAGCAGAGGGAUUAUGCUCAAUUAAUAACAGCUUCGGAAAGCACAACAUCUUCACCAUACUGUCAGAUGCAGAGGCUGGAAAACAGUUUUACGCAAAGAGCCAUAGGGACAAGCCUGCGCUUGGCGCCGAAAUGUACGGCAGCUGAAACAACUAGAACUCUCAAGUCGUCCCUACAAGUCGCUGAACAAAGUGAGGGGAACUCUAGCCAACAGAAAGGUAGUCCUCAGCUUAUACUGCCUUGCCAAGAUCUUACCGGGCACAUUAACCGUGUUGCAGAUGAGGAAAAUAAUGAGAGGAAUGACGGCUCAUUCUUGAGGCCUGCUUGGGCUGUAGCAUUAAAAGUGUCCAACAGCUUACCUAUCCAAAAAGAAACUGAGGCAGCAGACGCUGCUGGGCUACAGCUUGUGCGUGUUACUCGCGGCUUAUGGACAAACAAAGAAAAAGAGGCUCACGAAUUUGUUGAGCCCGGAGACACUGUUCCCCAUGUCAACUCCUCCACAUUUUCUAGAGUGCAUUCUUCUUCUAACGCAGAUAAAGGAGUCCCCGCAAACGCAGCAAAUAAACCAGGAUGUUUCAAAAACAAAGGCGACACCGAGGGGUCGCGAGCUUUAUCUGCUAGCGAUGCCUUCGAGUGGAACUCUUCCAUUACGAAUAUCAGACAUGAAGGUCUGAGCGCAAGUGUCAGCCAUGCAAACUGCCAUGCAAACUCUAAAAGCGUCCAAUUCAAAGUGGUUAAAGAUAAAGAUCAGGCAUUUUUAGCUGUGCGAGCCAUACAACAAGCCGAAAAGGAAGAGGCAAUACGGCUUCUUCUACUGGAGGCCUCGCAAAAUGCAGUUGAGAAACAGGCCCAGAAGCGUAACAACGAGCACCAGCGUCAGCAUCAGCUUUUGGAGUAUCGACUACAGGACCAUGAUUUGAGCAACACUGAUGGAGGGAAACAUCAAACGUGUCAGUCUCAACGGCGUCAACAAAGCGCUGCUAGCUCUUCUGUGGGUCAGCAUCAGGCGAGGGACCCGCAGUUUGCUCAAACUGCGCGUGAAGUUCUGCCACAACCAAAAGGCGGGGCCUUACCAAAAAUGAACCAAGCGUGGUCUGAUGCCACUCCUUUAGUCCACAACAACGAGAACAUUGAUACUGCCGUAAUAACACAGCGACAUGAUUCUGAAAGCAAAGAUAUUCGCAGGGAUAACAACGUAGGUAUGGCAGAAGCUUGCUCAGGAAUGACUGCGCGGACGCUUCAGUCGAGUAGACCAAAAUGCAACGUCAGAGACAAACGCCAGCAGCUGGUUGUACUAAACAACGGCAUUUUGGAGCGGCAGCAAGGUCUCGUACGACAGUUUCAGGAGCAUUAUAUAAAGGAACAACAAGGCACUCUAGGGAGCUGCAGAAAACAGGAUUGUGUGGAACGCGAUUUGCAGUCUCACACCCCUCUAAAGGUGCCUUCUUGCACUGGUGGCAUAUGCCUCCCGCUGCAAACCAUACGGCGCCACUCUACUCUCCAGGCUUUUCAACAGCUUUUCCGCUUGCCUUCAAAGACGGCGUCAAAUCAAAGGAACCUGAAGAAAAAAUACAAUUUUGGCGCCGAUAUGGAAGAGGUUUUCCUGCCUGCCGAGAUUCAAAAGAGUAUCCCUACACUGAGGAAAGGGUUGUCGAGGAGAUAG